CACACACACACACAGUCCCACUGUAAUUUUAUACCACACACAGGCUCACAUGUACAAGGUAUUAAAGGUGAAGUGCAGCUCAGCUUUCUCUCUGCACUCAGAGUUAAACAGCUGACAUUAAACAUCAGACCAACAUUUAUACACCAGCAGCUCUCAUUUUAAUAAAAGACAUUAUACAAUAACACAACACAUACAAAUAUAUAGUAGUAGUUUACAUUUACACUGACUCCAAAUAAAUAAAUAAAUAAACAAACAAACAAAUAAAUAAAUAAAUAAAUAAAUUUAAAGUACAAAAUUGUCUGUAGAAUAAUGAUUGACAGUUCGAUAUGUUGGUGCUGUACACAUGGAUGUAUAUCACAUGUCUACAGACACAUAAAAAAAAGAGUUCAUUUAAAUACCAGAAUUGUCCGUACCUGGUCGUCGGGGGGAGGGGUGGUCUUCCUUGCCGUUACAUUGUUCUGCCCCUCAGACCGAGUGUAGAAGUCAUUCAGCACAUCUGGGAGGGAGGCGUCGCUGUCACAGGCAGGUGAAGCCGUCUUGUACAGUAGUACAUGAUCACCUGUAUGCCCUGACACCUGCACCGCGUGUCUCCGCUGUCCUGGAAGUGGCUGUGGAUUGUCUGGGCAUGUGGGCACUUUGCCUCUCUGGGAUAAGGACAGUUUGGCCCUUGCUGUUCUUAGGGCCGCCCUGUCCCCUGUUCUGAAGGCUAGGUCUCUCUAGAUAAUGCACACUUUGUUGCCAAACGUAUUGGAAUCCCUGAUUAUAUACCAGUUUCCAGCUAUACGUGAUUCUUCCCCAAAUAGGUAGCACAGAGUUGGAGAUCUUUAAAUAUGGCAGCAUUAAUUUUUUCCUUCACUUCACCCAGGAGUCUAAAACCUGUUCCAGCAUGAUAACAAAGCCAGCUAUAUAAGUAUAGUCUUUACAUGGUGUGGAGUGAAGUAUCUCCUGCUAUAGAGCUCCAACCUUACUAACCAUGGGGUGAAUGUGAACACUGACUGCACCCCAGACCUCCUCACCUUCUCACCUACAUCAGUACCAGACUUUACUGACCUUGUGCCUAACACAAAUCCCUAUAUAUACAGAUGUGGAGAAAAUUAUUGGUACCCUUCCAUUAAAGAAAGAAAAACCCACAAAUGUCGCUGAAAUAACUUCAAAAGUAAUGAAACUUUAUAGAAAUGAUGGAACCCGUAACGUAAUAUCUUGAUGCACAUUCUUUCGAGGCAAUAAGUGCCAUCGAGUGACUUCUGUAACUCCCAGUGACACUUCUGCACCCGUUAACAGUUAUUUUGGACACUUCUCAUGAGCACUGCUCCAGCUGUCUCAGGUUUGAAGAGAGACGUCAUGCUUCAGCUCCUUCCACAGAUGUUCUACAGGAUUUAGAUUAGGGUUUAAAGAAGGAAGAACAGUCCAAUGUUUUGUUCUUUGAUGUUAGUUGUUUUAGCUGUGAUUUGGGUCAUUUUCCUGUUGAAGGACCCUUGACCUGUAUUUGCUGUCACAAAGCUUUCUGUCUUUAAUGUUUAUUUCCCACUAGAUGGCGCUUGUGUACCUUAGCACUCAUUUACUUAAGCUACUCUUCAUUAAUCUAAUUUUUGUGUUUUUUUAUAUUUUGACUAUUUUAUAAUGUUUUUUGUGAUUUCUAUACUGAACUGUUGUUUGUUUGAGAAAUAUUUAUUCUUUCUAAGAGUUUGUUGGUUAUAUUUUAUUUUGUUCCCAUCAUGCCUUUGUAUGUCACUUCCUGUUUGUCCUCCACAUGGAGAGCUGGAACAAUGUAGUCAUCACAAGUUAAAGAUGGUUCUGUAUCAUAUGCCAUCUAACCAAGAAAGUGCAGGUUAUAACCCUGUCUCUUAGCUCACAAGCAGCAGAAGUGGUGCCAACAAUUUUGUCUGCAUCUGUACAUGUACAUGCAGACGGAUCAGGCAUCACAUUGUGACAUUAGAACAUAGGAGCUGGACACAGGCAUGUCCACUACGUCUGCUGAAGUUACACAGUCCAUAAUAAAAGGGGUUUAUCAACUUAAAGUGCUGAUUGUAGCCGAUCGAGGCAGUUUGUCACCACAAUCAACACUGACAUCUGCAAAAUGCUUGCCAUAAAAAGAAGCCUUUGUGCCCCACACCCCAGUGCCUUUGUGCCCCACACCCCAGUGCCUUUGUGCCCCACACCCCAGUGCCUUUGUGCCCCACACCCCAGUGCCUUUGUGCCCCAUACCACCCUCAGACCAACGGAUUGGUGGAGAGGCUCAGUGGCACUUCACAGAGGUGACGAAUGCAUUCACAACAGUUAAUAACCAUAAUUACAGAAGCACUUUUUCACUUGUUUAACUACAGUAAAAGAGCUGAAGGACACAAACACAAGUCUCUCACAGUGAGUCACUGAACGCCAGAACAGUCCAAAGGUGAGACGUUUGUCUCUAACACACGUAUGUUACAGUAUGUAAGUCAGAGAACAGGAGAUAUAAGAAUAUAAUAGUGGUAAAUAAACAUAAGAAAUGACAAUGUGAUAUGAAAGCUAUAAAAAUGUUGUUGUUGUUUGGACAAAGUAAAUCUUCAUAACGUUAUAAUAACGUUUGUUUUAGAGACAAAAGGGAACGUGCAGGGACGUGUCUUACAAAAAAGACUUUAGUGUUUCCAAACUUUUUUUUUUGACACGUGUGUAUUUGUUCCUGUCAUAUUUUGAACACACAUUUUUGUAGAGCCUUUAGCGUUGAGGACAGGUGGUGGUUCCCUUCCUUGAACUGCCACCUUACUGUGGGGGAGGGGUUUGCGUGCCUGAAUGGAGCUAUGUUGUCUGGGGCUUUCUGCCCCUGGUAGGGUCUCCCAAGGCAAACAGGUCCUGGGUGACGGGCCAGACAAAGAGCGGUUCAAGCGCCCCUUAUAAAGAAGAAUAAAACAAGGUCCAUGAUGCCGCACGGUAUGGUGCAACUGGGGCUCCACCCUGGAGCCAGGCCCGGGGUUGGGGCUCGCAUGCAAGCGCCUGGUGGCCAGGUCUUACCCCACGGGGCCCGACUGGGCUCAGCCCGAAGGAGCGACGUGGGGCCGAUCUCAAGUGGGCCCACCACCUGCUGAGUCCUCCUGCUCCUCCACCUGCUGACUCCUCCCCUCUGCUCCUCCACCUGCUGACUCUGCCCUUCUGCUCCCCCACCUGCUGACUCCUCCCCUCUGCUCCUCCACCUGCUGACUCCGCCCCUCUGCUCCUCCACCCGCUGACUCCGCCCCUCUGCUCCUCUAGAUGCUCACUGCUUUCCUCAGGCACCUGCUGACUCCACUCCGCCCCUCUCCUCCUCCACCAGCUGACUCCACCCUCUCCUCCACUGGCUGACUCCGCCCCUCUCCUCCUCCACCGACUGACUCCGCCCCUCUCCUCCUCCACCUGCUGACUCCGCCCCUCUCCUCCUCCACCUGCUGACUCCGCCCCUCUCCUCCUCUAGCUGCUCACUGCUUUCCUCAGGCACCUGCUGACUCCACUCCGCCCCUCUGCUCCUCCACCCUCUCCCCCUCCACCGGCUGACUCCGCCCCUCUCCCCCCUCCACCUGCUGACUCCGCCCCUCUCCCCCUCCACCUGCAGACUCCGCCCCUCUCCCCCUCCACCCUCUCCUCCUCCACCGGCUGACUCCUCAUGCCGGACAGCAAUCACCUUAUGAUGUAACCUCUCUCCAUGACAACUUGAGAUCCAACAAAAUACGGUAUUAUUUUGGGAGCUGUCCCUGAGCCCGGGCACUGGACAUUGGCUGCAAUCUAUCCUUCGGAGAGAAGACGCCUUAUUUUGGAUCCCCUUGGAAAUGAUUAAAAAAACUCCAACAGUGUUUGCAGUCCACAAGAAAACAAGGCUGCCAUGUGUCCAGGUGGGCAUCCAGCACAGAUACACACUGUUGUCAGGAAGAUGCCGCCUCAUGUGGGAUAUUUGUCCUGAAAUCAUCAGGAUGCUGUAGGAAUGGAGAACUGUCCAUCAGUCAUCAUGAUACAACCUGCAGCUCUACACUUCACUACACAACGCUUUCCCACGUCACAAAUCACAGCAGGGACAGAAACCUGCCAUCAGACGGAGGAUAUAAAGACGUUUACCCAGUUAGUUCUCACACAGAACACACAGCACUGAAGAUGACCGUGUCGUACACACUGGAGGUAGCAAACGCUCGCUUCGCUGGAUUUACUAAACUUCUGUUCCGAUGGAAGGGCAGCAUUUACAAACUGCUCUAUAAAGAGUUCCUCGUCUUCUGCUUCCUGUAUAGUCUGUUCAGUGUCAUAUACAGGUGUGUGUUAAGUGAAGUUCAGCAGGAGCAUUUUGAGAGAGCUGCACGUCACUGUAAUAAAUUCGCUAAACUCAUUCCCAUGUCAUUUGUUCUCGGCUUUUAUAUCUCAACAGCGUUCCAGCGUUGGUGGGGUCAGUACACCAGUUUUCCUCUUCCUGAUAAUCUGAUGAUGGUGGUUUCGGGGAAUGUGCACGGUGUAGAUGAACACGGCCGGAUGAUGAGGCGUACGCUCAUGAGGUACGCUAACCUGUCGUCUGUCCUCAUCCUGCGCUCCAUCAGCACACGUGUACGCAAGCGCUUCCGCACACUGGAGGACAUCGUGGAGGCAGGCUUUAUGACUGAGGACGAGUUAAAGGCUCUGAACCAUCUGACCUCAGACUUUAAUAAAUACUGGAUGCCCCUGACGUGGUUCACUAAUUUAGCAUCAAGGGCAAGAGAAGAGGGACGAGUGAAAGAUGACAUCGCUCUUAGACUGCUGAUGGAUGAGCUGAAUAAUUAUAGAGCAAAGUGCAGCAUGCUCUUUCACUACGACUGGAUUAGCAUCCCACUUGUCUACACUCAGGUGGUUACAGUAGCCGUGUACUCCUUCUUUGCUUUCUGUCUGAUCGGACGGCAGUUUGUGAGGCCCGAGCGAGCAGAUGAUCUGAAGGUCCAUGUGGACUUGUACAUCCCAGUCUUCACUCUGCUCGAGUUCUUCUUCUACGUCGGCUGGCUGAAGGUCGGGGAGUUGAUCAUCAACCCGUUUGGUGAGGAUGAUGAUGAUUUUGAGACGAAUCAGCUGAUCGAUCGUAACAUCCAGGUGUCGAUGCUCGCUGUGGACGACAUGCACAGAAACCUUCCUCCUCUUCAGAAGGAUAAAUACUGGACUGAUAAAGGUCCGAGUCGCUCGUUCACUGCAGCGCGGUCCAUCUUCAUGGGCUCCACAUACGACAUGAGGGUGACUGAUGAGGACAUGGAGGAGGUCAUGGAGGAGAAUUGGAGGUUUCCGGUCAGUGUUUGGCCUCCAGUUGCACAGAAACAGAAGAAAAGCAGAGGAACAAAACGCCUCUGCUGCUGCCGCCGUAAACACACAUCUGAUGAGACGACGUGUGACAGAGAAGCUGAGAGAAUCGACAUGAUCCUGAAUAAAACACACUCUCCUGAGCAGCAUGAGGACACGACCCUGACACAGCGUGUGCCGGAUUUAGAGCAGUGUGAUGAAGUUCAGACCGCUGAGAGAAGAGACGUCAUAAUUACCUGAUGAGAUGUGUACAGAUUAAACACUGCUCCAUAACCUACUUCACCCUGAAGGUUCAUCUCACUGCAGGAACCGCAGAGGAACAUGAAGAUCUUGUAUAAAAUCUUAAAUAAAAUGCUAAUUAUAAAUGUAGAUUCAGAGGCAUUUAUAAACCAGAUUAAAUUCACAUCUGGAUUUGUACACAGCUGCAUGGUGACUGAAUUGUGAGGUCUGAUGAUUAAAUCACCGUCACAUUUAGAAACUAAGAGCUAGACCUAGAUUUUAAGAUUAACCCUAAAGGCACUUAGACUUGAGUGUGAUGUGUUUCAGUGCCGAGCUGAAGAUGAGUCUCACACUGAGGUUUUACAACAUUUACACAUUAAAAAUGUAAUAAACAGAAUAAGGUUUUAAACGAACAUUUUAGAAUUAAUUUUAAACUUUAAUUGUAUGUAUUCAUUUAUUUUUAUUCUUUCUUCUCAUAUGUAUUUUGAUACAAAUAAAUUGAAUUUGAAACUGGGAUCAGUGACUUUUUAGGAGCACAAUCUUUCAUCAGUGCUCCGAAAAUGAAAACCAAUAAAACUUUAUCUACA